GCAUUAUGUUCAUCACAUCUGUAGGCCACUGACUGAGCAAGAAAAGGCCACUAGACAAGACUGUAAGGAGACCAUCUGUUGAGGCUCAUGACGUCUGUGGAUCACAUGAAAGAGGACAAGUGAAAAGAAAGUCCAGGAUGGCCAGAUCAAAGGAAAGAAUGGAGGGAGAGAUGGAGGAGAAGGUGACAAGAGACAGCGAGAGCGAAGAGAAAGGGGAAGAUUACUACAGAACAGAGGGAGAACGGAUGAAGAAAGCAAAAGCCGCCAUUGUGGCAAGAUUAUCAGCAAGAGAGGAGAAACUUGACAGGAGUAAGGUGGCGAUGGACAGAAAGGAACAGGAGAUGAAGGAGGAGAUUACGAGGAUGAAGGAAAAGUGGGAGAAGUUACACGAACACGAGGGGAUAGUCUUGGAGGGAUUGGAAGUGGUCAGAGAAGACAGGGCACAGUUAAAUGAAGAGAAAGAGGGGAUUCAGAAGGAGAUGGAGAUCAUAAAAAAUGAGAAAAGGCAGAUUGCGAGAGAAAUAAAUGAUUUGAGGAGACAAAGAGUGCAGGCGGUGUCGUACAGACAGAUGUUGGAGAAAGAGGAAGAUGAGCUUAGGGAGGAGAGGUUGGAGAUGAAGGACGCUGGUGAGCACAUUGAGAAGGAGCUAAUGGAGAUGUUACUUGAAAAGGAGGAGAUGCUCAAGGAGAGAGAGAAGUUUAAAGAAAAGAGAAAGAAAGAGGAGAAAAAGAUGAAGAAAGAAAGGAAGGUCAUUGACUUGGCACAGAUGUUUAUGAGUGAAGAGUUAAAGGCCAUAGAAAAAGAGUGGAAGAAGCUAGAAAAAGAAAGGGAGGCAUUAAGGAGGAAGAGAGACAGGAUGCUUAAAGAGAAGGAGUCAAUUAAGGAGAGGAGCGAAGAGGAAGGAGGAAGAGGGGCAAGAGGAGGGGAGGGCGUGGAGGAGAGCAAUACGAGUUAGUCAUCACUCAUUCUACUGAACCGCAACAUUAAAAAUGACUUUAUUUCUUACAGCAUUAAACAAACGC